CGAACAUCCCCGUCGGUACUCGGUAUGCCUACCGUAGGUAGGUCCAGGUAGAAACACUGCCUCUAUUUUAUUUUUCUUUGCUUUACUCUAUUACUCACAUCCCCUACGACGACAGCUGAGCUUACUGCCGUCCCAGCAGAGUCAGCAAGAAGGCAAUUGGACCUGGUCUGUCUGUCUCAGUCUCUCUCGUUGUCCGAACCGACCCUCCUCCGACCCUCCUCCGACCCUCGAGAAAACCGGCGCACUGCAGUCGACUCGACUCGCUACAAAGAUGGCGACCGUCAUGAAAAACGCAAACACGCUCCGCAAAGCCCUAAACACGGGUUCGGGCCUCUCGUUCGGGGCCUGGCAGAUGCUUCCGGGGUCACAUCUGUCGCGGACGAUUGCGCGGGCAGGAUAUGAUUGGAUCUGUAUUGAUUGCGAACAUGGGAAUAUUGCAGACAACGAAAUGCACGAGUCCGUCCACGCCAUUGCCGCCUGCAACGUCAGCCCGAUUGUGCGGAUCCCCGCCAACGAAGGGUGGAUGGUCAAGCGAGCCCUGGAUGCCGGAGCGCACGGAAUCAUUGUUCCGUUGUUAUAUAGCGUCGAAGAUGCGAAGAGACUGGUUCAGACGGCCAAGUUUCCUCCGGCCGGCAAGAGAGGGUUUGGCAGUCCGUUUUCUAUGGGCGCGUUCGAUGUCAAGGGCGACUUGUCUGGUUAUGAGUAUAUGAAGAAUGCGAAUGAGAAUCUUUUGACUGUUGUUCAGAUUGAGACUAAGGAGGCUUUGGAGUCGGUCGAGGAAAUUGCCAAGGUUGAUGGCAUCGAUGUCCUUUUCAUCGGACCCUGGGAUCUGGGUAACAAUAUCGGAUACCCAGUCACCGGAGAUUUUGCUCCAGAACUUAAGGCAGCUAUUGAGAGGAUCCUGAAGGCCGCUCAGGCUGCAGGUAAAAAGUCCGGGAUUUACUGCCCCUCUGGCGAAUUUGCCAGACGAUAUGCCGAUAUGGGAUUCCAAAUGAUCUCCGUCGUCAACGAUAUGACUGCCAUCCCCACGUUCAUGGCAGAAUCGCUGUCAAAGGCCAAGGGCUCAUAUGGCCAUGCGGCCGCCCAAGCUGUCAAGGGAGCAGCAUAUGGAGCAGUCAACUUGGUGUCCCAGGAUCAGAAGAAAUGAAUAAAAAUUCAUUGUCUCUUUCCGAGCGUCUACCAAUAAAAUAUACCUACCCCACAAACUGGGUAGUACGUCACUCAUAUAAAAAAUCAAUGUUGUUCGACCUCG